AUGACACUGGCGAACUAUUUCCUUUUCGUGUCGAUAUUUUUUUAUAUCUGCAGUUUGAAAUUGGCCACAGACUGCCAGAGAAGAUGCGAACAAAGCAGAGGAAGUAUUGGUAAAACGGGAAUGAAAAAUCUGGCUAUGCAAGGACACAGCUUUAGAAAUUACACGCUGUCGAAACCGUUUGACUGUCAUGUAAAAUGCUUUGAGGAGAAAUGUAAAUGCCAAGCGUACCAAAUAAAGGAAAAUCGAUGCGAGUUGCUGGAUGAAGACAGAUUUUCUGCUCCUGAAGACUUUCUCAAGGAAAAGGGAUACACUUAUUACGAUAUGAAAAGAGAAUACGUCAAUCAGGUAACCAGUGAAUCUAAUGUCGAAUGUCUCCGGCUUUGCCAAAGGAAGACACAGACAGUCUGACGAGAUUAUACUUAAUCAGAGUAAUCAUUAUAUUUCGGCUUUAUUCGGUAUUGCCUCGUCCUGUAGUUAACAAAACAGGUUGCAAUCUUUCGAUAGAAAUGCACUAUUUUGAAAAGGGGGGGGUGGGGGUACUCCUGGGAAUUCUUGGUGGGGGUGUGCCGCCUGGUUCUCCAAAUCCUGACCCUAUUUCAGACUGUGAAAAACUGUAAUUUUCCACACCCGUUUUCAGACCAGACCUCUAAAAUCCAUACCCGUUUCCAGACCUGUCCUUUAGGCCGAAAUUAUGUUAGCAUAACUUAGCCUGGAGCGCAAACAAAACAAUUCUUCAAAUCCAAUUCGAAUUCCCAAAUUUCUCUUUCUUUCUUACUCAUUUGGAAUUGAGACGAUAAAUACGUUCAUACACUUCCGUAAGUUCCCUCGAAAACCAUACCCGUUUUCAGACCAAAACAGCACAAAAACCCUACCCGAUGGGGUGGCACAUACCUAUAUAGCUUAUAUAGGGGAGUAUCCCCCCGGGUUUGGAAGGCUGACGUUUUGAAAAGGAGGACAACAUCCAUUUCAGCUUUCAAAUUUCGUGUUGCUUUUUUAAGGAUGUGUUACUUAAACUCUUGUUCCUUAAUUUUCAGCACCCUCUUUUCUUCAGAGACCCCUUAAUGUCUCUCUUAAAAUUAAGAACUUUUAGUUACACUUCCCCUCAUGGUGCAGGUUGUGUGAAUCCUAAAAAUAUUGGAUGGAUGAACAAUAUCUGUAAAUACUUCAUAUGCUUGUUGACUUGUUUGUGCAAACACUGAUAUUGAUACUGAUAUAUUGAUUUUUCUUGUGCUUAACGCUCUGCUCGCCGAGCUCUUUACAAAACAUUCUCAUAUUGUUGACAGUUUAUAAAGCAAGGAAGUUGAUUCAACAGAGUAAAUAUUCGGCAUUUGCAAAUUGGGCAAACCUAAAAGCGGAGCUAUUAUCAAAAUUCAUAAGGAAGAAAUAUCUUUUAAAGCACAUUAUAAAAAAGGUAGGGUCUUGCAAAUAAUAAUAUAUAACAUAAAGAUUAUAUAAGUGUAUAAAGAUUAUUCCUACAUGCACUUUUAACAUACUCUCCUGUUGUACUAUAGACAUUUGUUAACAAGGCUUGCAAAGAGCAACCAGUAAGUAACCAGUGCUGUAAUCAGAAUUUAUGCGCUCAUGGUGGCAACUGCACUGAGUUAUGUGACGACGCUAAAAACAAGUUCAACUGUACAUGCGCAGUGGGAUAUUACGGCAGGUUCUGUCACAAACGAAGAGUAACUUCUUGCAAAGAGGAACUAGGGAGAAACGAAGGGAGAAGGUCCGGAGUGUAUCAACUGUUUGACCCAACGACUAUGUCCAUGUACGAGGUCUUUUGUGAUGCUAUCUCUGAAAAAGGAUUCGUUUGGACGUUGAUUGAAUCUUUUAGCUUUCGAAAUAAUAAUGAAUUUGCGGAUAAAGCAUUUUACAAAGACUUUCCGGUAAAUCAGGGAGCCUUUGUAUGGAGCAAAUUUCGUCUGUCUUGGCCACGCAUGAUAACCACAGCAAACCGCUCAACGCACGUGCGAGCAACUUGCAACUUUAACACUGAAGAACUUAAAUACAGAGAUUACUUAAGGGCCAAGUUAAAUGAUAUCGCCGUUAUGCGCUUUAAUGGCCGUGGUGCAUGUAAAAAAUACGAAUUUAUUAGCGUCCGAGGAUAUAACUGUAGCAACUGCACGGCUCAGUUCGUACAAACAGAUAAUUGGCAUGCGCAUACUGAUUCGUUUUACGGUCCAACGAUCGGGUGUCAGUUUACCAGCCAAUCUACAGGUGCAGUGAAGUCACCGGGAGGGGAGGAUAACUUCGGAUGGUAUGAAACAGUCAAUCCGGUUCACAGAUGUGUAUCGAGUAACGAUUCCACCACUCAGUGGUGGUUUGGAGUUCGGCAUCACUAG